CUCGAAGCGUCCCUCGCACAUCACCGCCAUGGGCCGCUUUCGUGGAGGAGCAAGUCGACAUGGAGCGCCAAAGAAGCCUGCAUUGACCCAUUUUCUCUGCCUGCCCCUGGUGAACGCCAGUUCGAAGCCUCAGCUUGAGCAAGCCCUGGAGACUUUUCGACAGGAUCUAACUGGAGCUGGCCCAAGGGCUUCAGCAACAUCUGUCGAAGCGGGGAAUGAUGGUAGCAAUUUUCUGCCCAUAAUAGAUACCAAAGCUCUGCGGCCAACGGGUGCCUUGCAUCUCACAUUGGGUGUGAUGAGCCUCAAGGAAGAACAACUCAUCAAGGCAGCUAAUUGCCUGCAAAAUCUCGACCUUGCAUCCAUCCUGAGUGAGGCAAGUCCGGAUGCCAAUCAAGCCGGGGCGAGAGAGGAUCUUAGAAUCAGUCUGCGUGGGCUGGAAUCUAUGCAUGAUGUGAGGAAGACAUCCAUUCUUUAUGCAGCGCCUACAGAUGCCACGAACAGACUCUACCCUCUAUGUUUAGCAGUACAGAAAUUCUUCGAGGCCGAAGGUUUCCUGCUGGAGGAUGAUCGCAAGUUGAAGCUGCACGCCACUAUAAUCAAUACAAUAUAUGCUAAGGCCAGGAGGAAGCCAAAUGAGAAGUCUGUUAUCGUGCCCUCCACUGGGCAGUCUAUCUCCAGCCAUUCCGAAGUGACAUCUGAUGGCGAUCCGCGUGGCCAUGGACCGAACGCGAAUGCUCCCCUAAAAUUCGACGCCCGAUCGAUUGUUGAAAAGUACAAAGGCUAUAUCUGGGCAGAUUCCAUUGUGCUAGAUCGCAUAUCCAUUUGCGAGAUGGGCGCGAAGAAGAUCACUGACUCCAGCGGCGAGGUUGUUGAUGCAUGCUAUACAGAGGUUGCAAGCAUCAAACUCUCAGCUUAA